AUGGCACCAAGCGUUUCGUUCGGUGGCCCAGAAGCUCCACUGGGGCCAUUUUCUACUGUUCCUUUCUCCCGAGAUCCAGAUUUCAUUGAUAAUCGAGGGCUGUGUGACCGAAUUCUCGAAGGAUGUCUAAGACCGGCAUCAGCCAUAGCACUAGUUGGCCUGGGCGGUGUUGGAAAAUCACAGUUGGCUGUGGAGUGCUGUUAUCGCAUCCAGGAGGAAUCUCCUGAUAAGUGUGUUCUUUGGGCGCAUGCAAGCAAUGUAGCCCGCCUGCAGCAGAGUUUCCAAGAUAUUGCCAGUCUGAACAGAAUCCCAGACCAUCAGGACCCCAAUGCCAACCCAGUCAAGCUCGUCUCCAAUUGGCUCCGUUUCCGAAAAUGGGUCCUUGUUCUCGAUAACCAUGACAACGAUGAAUUUUUCUAUAGGGGACGAAGCGACGGCCCGCCGUUGAUUGCCUUUCUGCCCUGUGGGCCAAAUGGCUCCAUCAUCCUGACGACGCGCGAUCGACAUAUUGCUACAAAGUUCGCCAACACGAACGAUAUACUCCAAAUAAACCCAAUGGAUAAGCUUGCAGCACUCUCUCUUGUGAAGAGGAAACUCAGCUAUCUGGGUCGACAGGGCGAGAAGGAUGAGAAGCUUCUUGUGAAGCUUGUGAAACUCCUUGAGUCAAUGCCGCUAGCCAUAGCUCAGGCAACUGCCUAA